AUGGGAGGUUUGUUUGUAGACGAAAGCGCCCUUCAGAUUGACGAUCCGUUUCCCUCAAUCGCCGUACAAACUCUGGACUCUAUAAACAAGCUCAUACGAGACACUCGUCGGAUGCAUCAACUCACCUUGCUGGAGGAUGAUGCCACUGUUCACGCGGUGGAUGAGUCCACAAAGGAUGCAACGGCGAAUGAUGCUGAUGAAGAGAUGCAGUCACGUGUCUAUCCCGAUCAGUUGCACAUAGUUGAGGAGGUCAUGCUUCGUUGCAUUCAUUUGUUGGCCACCAACAAUCCGAAAUCUCGCAUUCUCAGCAUGGAAGUGCUCAUCGAGGGCUGUUUGACUCUGCGCGACGAGCGAGGUAAUUCUGUUCCCCGAACUCGAUUUUGUUCGCUUUACAUUUUAUUUCUCUUUUGUUCACACUCAUUUUGA